AUGGGGUGCUGCUAUAGCAGUGACAACGAGGACUCGGACCAGGAUCGAGAGGAGCGGAAGCUACUUCUGGACCCCAGCAGUCCCCCAACCAAGACCCUAAAUGGAGCAGAACCUAACUACCACAGCCUGCCUGCAGCCCAUACAGAUGAGCAGGCCCUGCUGUCUUCUAUCCUUGCCAAGACAGCCAGCAACAUCAUUGAUGUAUCGGCAGCAGAUUCCCAGGGCAUGGAGCAGCAUGAGUACAUGGACCGAGCCAGACGAUACACUACCCGCCUGGCUGUCCUGAGCAGUAGCUUGACUCACUGGAAGAAGCUGCCACCACUGCCAUCACUCACCAGCCAGCCCCACCAAGUGCUUGCCAGUGACCCUGUCCCCUUUGCAGAUUUGCAGCAGGUCUCCAGAAUAUAGGCUUAUGCCUAUAGUGCACUUUGUCAGAUCCGAGUCG